AUGAACGAAAGACAAAAGGCUGAAUUAGAAGGAAAUAAAGGAAAAAGUUUAUUUUGCAAGAUUUCACUUAAUGGAUCAUAUGGUUACGAUGCAAUGAAUACACAAAAUUACGCAAAGACUAAAAUAAUGAAUGCACAGAAGGCACGCGUUGCAUGUAUGUCAAAUAAGUUUAAAAACAUAAGAGAAAUAGGUGAAGAUACGUAUCAAGUGAUGCUUAAAGAUAGAUUUUAUAGAUGUGAUACAUGUUUACAAGAGGCAUUCUUCACUUUAGAUAACGCAAAAUACUGGUAUUUGGUUUUCAUUUAUGAUUUUAUGUAUAAAUGCAUGAAUGUUAAUCGUUUUCAUUUCAUUGAAGGUGAUACUGAUUCAUCUUAUUGGGCAAUCGCUGGCGACCCAAAUCUUCCUAACACUCAAGCAUUUCAAGCAAUUGUUACUGAUAAACAAUUUUAUGAUAAAAACAUUUACAAAUUCGCACCUUUUGAUUUCUUUUGUUUUGAUGAGAAAUUUAAACCUAAAUUAAAGAAUAAAGCUGAAGAAAAAGCACAUGAGAAGAAGUUAUUGGGUUUAGCAAUUGAGAAACAAGGUGAUAACAUGGUUGCUUUAUGCCCCAAGUGUUAUACAUCAUUCAACGGUUCAAUUGAUGGAAGUGAUUUUAAAAAGAUUGCACAAAAAAUGAAAGGAGUUAGUUUACGACAAAAUAAACAAUUAACACCUAAAAAUUAUUUGGAUAUAAUAAAUGAUAAAGUGAUAUUUGAUGGUCAGAAUAUUAAUUUACAACUUAAAAAUGGGUCAAUGACUCGCUUAACAAUUGGUAAGACUGCAUUAACAGGAGCACACACUAAGGCUGUAUGUUGUGAAAAUGGAUGUUGUAUGCCAUUUAUUUAA